AUACUAGCUAGAUACUGGGUCUACCUUACAUCAUAAAUCGUAUAGUAUUAUAUUAUUAUUAAUAAAUACAUAAUUUAGUAUUUACCUUUAUGUUAUGAAACAUGAAUAUUUCAAGGAACACUUCAGUUCGUUUUAUUGUUUUAAAUUAUCAGUAAUUUUUAAUAGUAUUUAGGCACUUAAAGCAAUAAGCAUAUUUUCCUUAAGUAUACUUGGUUAUCAUUAUUUAUGAUGGGAACAAAGUUUAAGGUUGUAAUCAAAUAUAGUAUUUUAAAAGUAAUGUAAUUCAAAUUUGUCUGGUUCAAAACCUACAGACUACAGAAAUGAUGAAAUUAGUUAAUGAUCCUUGUGGCAUUUUUUGCAUAUUAUUUACAUAUACUUCAAUCAUAUACGCUGAUUAUGUAGUGAUACAAUGGGUUGUUUUGCACACUAUGCAAGACAGCUUAUGGGCUCCAUUUCAUAUAGUGCUUUUCAAUACAUUUCUUUUGCUAUUGACAGUAUCACAUUUACGAGCAAUGUUUUCUGAUCCUGGCACUGUACCUCUAUCACAUACUAAUGUUUCUUUAUCAGACUUACGGCAAGUGAAAAGAGAAGAUUGGACCAUGUGUACAAGGUGUGAAGCAUAUCGACCACCCCGAGCUCAUCACUGUCGAAUUUGUAAGCGCUGCAUUAGACGAAUGGAUCAUCAUUGUCCAUGGAUUAAUAAUUGUGUUGGAGAAAAAAAUCAAAAGUAUUUCGUCCAAUUUCUUUUUUUUGUUUGUAUUAUUUCUGCAUACACUAUCAUGUUAGUUAUAAUGUCAUGGGUGCGUGAGUGCCGUCAGUGUAAACUGUACGAUAUGGAUACAAGACAAACACAAGUCUUGCAUUCGGUAAUUUUAAUAAUGGAAAGUGCUCUCUUUGGCAUGUUUGUUAUUGCAAUUUUGUAUGAUCAAAUGGAUGCUAUUUAUAAUGAUCAGACAACAAUUGAACAAACAGUCUACAAACGUCCAAAUCCAUUACAUAGAUAUAUUUUUUCAGUUAUUUGUCGGUGGCCAAAAAUAUCUAGAUCUACAUCCAAGCUUAAUAUUCGAUCUGUAUAAUUUGUUUAUUGUUACUUUGUUUAAUUUAUUAAAGUAGAAACUAGUUAAGUUUUUAAAUUAAUAUUAAGAAAUAAGCAUAUUAGGUGAUGCAAAACCAUUUAAACUUUGUGUUUUUAAAAUUAAUGAAGAACACAAAAUCAUAAAAUAAUUUAGUCUAAAAAAAAAACAAAGCAAUGAUUGUGUGCGAUUUUACAAUUUUAUUUUUUUUUUUUUUACUUGCAUUUACUAUGGUACAAAUUACCAUCAUAUUUUUUCAAUUAUGGUGCAUACUACACGUCAUAUGGUAUAUGUUCACUAUGUUGUAUGUCAUAUUAUAAUUUCUUCUUAGCUAUAUUUCUUUUAUUAUUAUUAUUAUUCAUCUUUUAAAUAUUCAUUUCCAAUUAUCUCACGAUUAACUCACUUAUUUUGUCAUAAACUCUAGCUUUUCAGUUUUAUAUUAAAACGCCUGUUAUAAUAAAUUUUUCCCUAACUUAACUAUUGUACAUUAUCCAUGUAGAAAUUACAGUUGAACAAACGUCAUGCAUAGUAGCAUUGAGUAUAUAUUACAAUAUAUAUUUUUAUAUUAGUAAAUACUACAUCAAAAACUGAAAUUAAGUUUCAAAUUUAUAAAAAACACUGAUUUGUCAUAAUAUUUAGUUGUUUAAUUAUUAUUUCUUAUUCUUAUGCUAAAUGAGGCAAUAUUUUCAUUCAUAAUCUGGUCCCUGUAACCUAUGACUUUUUAUUUUUUUUAUUAAUUUGUAUUGCAUGAAGUUGGAAUGAUUUUUAUUCGUUAGUUUUUAUUUUUAUAAAUUAUAUUUAUUAACAUGAUAUGUUUAAAUUUAACUUGUUCAUAAACCAUCAAUUGCUUGUAUACUUAAUAUUAUAUUUUUUAUUUUAAGAUAUCGAAUAAGACGGUGCCAGAUCAUUAGAAUAUAAUCAUAAAAUUAUGUAUUAGGUAUUAUUUAUAAAGAUCAUCCUUAAAGCUGAACAGAACAAUAUCUUAUGAUUAGAGCGUGGAUUUUUAUGAAAUUUCAAAUUUUUUUUUUCACAUUUUUGGGAUUUUCAUUAGUAAUCUUUACGAAUCAUAAUAUGUAGAAACUAAUGGUGUUUUUUUUGCAUGUUACUACAUAUUUUGACAAAAUUCAAAAAAUUCAAAAUGUAUUGUGUAUUGAAGUGAAAAUUUAAGAAA